AUGGCUACAAAUGGUAGCCCUGACCACCACCGCGCCGUUAUCGGGAACCCUGACACCUUUUGGCUCUACUCCUCAAACACCGGCUUCGACCUCACACAUCCUCCCAAGCCUAAUUCUCCACCCAUCAAGCCCAGCGUCACGAUAUCGACCACAACCUCUCCCAUCACUAUCGACCCUGCCAAAUCCGCCUUGGUGAUCAUCGACAUGCAGAACUUCUUCCUCUCGCCCGCGUUAGGCAAGGCCCGAGGUCCCGGUCACGAUGCUCUCGACCAACUCGUGGAACAUGCCAUUCCAUCGUGUCGAAAAGCUGGGAUUCGAGUGGUGUGGGUGAACUGGGGGCUUACGGAACAGGAAGUGGAGGAGAUGCCGCCGGCUGUGAAGAGGGCGUUCGGGUUUGAAGCUGUCGUUGAGGGCGAGGGGUGGGAGGAUGACGAGGCGGUGUUUGUGAGUCGAAAGGGAGUGUUCGCAGUGAAUAAACAUGGACAACCGCAGAAUCAGGGUGGAGAUCUCGUGGGCGGUGGGGCGAAGGGGCAGAAGAAGCUGUAUAAAGGCAUCGGGAGUGAUAUGGGGACUGUCAAGAAUUUCGAGACAGGGAAGGAGAUUCAUGUGGGAAGAAUGUUGAUGCGAGAUCAGUGGAAUACUGCUCUUUGCCCCCCACUCGAUCAAAUCUAUACCGAAGGCGCAAAGCUCACCACGAGACCUGAUGUUUGGAUCCACAAGAACCGGAUGAGUGGGAUGUGGGGAGCGCGCACAGAGUUGGAUGACUUUCUUGAGAAGGAAGGGCUGAGGACGUUGUUCUUUGCGGGCGUCAACACUGAUCAAUGUGUCAAUGGGACUUAUCAGGACGCCUUUUCGAAGGGUUACGAUUGUGUGUUGCUGAGUGAUGGGUGUGGAACUACGAGUCCGGAGUGUGCGCAGCAGGGCGUUGAGUACAAUGCGGCUAACACGUGUGGGUUCUUGCUCAGCUGUAAGCAGUUGGCAGAUGGUGUUGCAGGGAUAGAGAGGGCGUAG